AUGCAGCUUCUGUCUUGCUUAAAUCUGAGUAACAACAAGCUCGGUAGUUUAACUGCUCUGGGGCCGUUGAGACUGUUGAAGUCACUAGAAGUGUUGGAUAUCUCAUACAAUGAGAUAGGCUCACACACUACUGACACGACAAGGUAUCUAUGUUCUACACCUCUUUCCCAUAGAGAAGAAAGUAGAUGGAACAGUGACGAAAUUGUGACUGAGGGUGCCAGUGUGAAAGAUAAUUGGGAAGCUGUUCUGAUAUUUAAAAGCUUGAGCUUGACACAAUAUUUUAGCCAUUGUGGGAAAUGCAAUUUCUGGUGA